CCGAGUGCUGCAGUGCGAGGGGCAGGGUGCAGGCAGCACUGGUCCAGUCUUGCUCCUACAGCCCCAGCAUGAGUCCAUCUACAAAGAAGAGGCCGAGGAAUAAAGUGUCUUCUAAGAUGCAAGAUGAGAAACUGCAGGACAAGAUAACCCAGCCUGUGAGCAAAGUCAUCGAGCGGAACCGACUUAAAAUGGUAUUAAAAAACUUGUCCCUCUUGAAGCUAUUCAAGAGCUCAAAUAGCCGGAUCCAAGAACUCCAUAAGCUGGCCAGAAGGUGCUGGAAUUCAAUGUUCAAAGUUCCAAAGAUCCUGCAAAUCUCUUCCAGGGACAAGGACAAAGUGAAACAAAAUAAUACAAAGUUCCAAGAGAUUAAGGUCCUUGAAAUGAGACCAAAUUCUAAGAAGGCAGAGUCUGUAAAGGAACCCAAGCAAAAAACAUCCAAAAAGUGGAAGCCCAAGCAAGGAUCUAAGGGGUCACCUGUAGCCGGGACACGAAGAAAAAAGCAGGAACCAUUUAAAGUCUCCAAGAUAUCAAAGAGUUGUGGCUUGCAAACCAGAGCCCAGAAGAGGAAGGCAUACGUUAAGAAGCCCCGCGUUGUCUUCUUAAAGACCUACCAUCACAGAACUGCCAUGGGGAACAUGAAGCCACUGGAUAUAACCGACCAGUUGGUCUGGUUUGAGGGGCUUCCCACACGCGUACACAUCCCAGGGCGCCGGAUCAUGUGCAGAUCGUCCACCUUCCGGUGCCUCAAGCGUUCCUGCACCCGUUUCUGCUGUGCAUCACUCUGAGCUGCCUACGCACCAUCCACACAGGGUGGUGUGUAACCCUGGAUGGGAACUUGAAUUGUAUGAAGUAGAGAUGGUGCUAUCAGCUUAGUGGAAGGGAUAGGCAAGAAAGAGUCAAGUCUACAAAUAAAAUCUCCCCUA